AUGUAUAUUUCUCUCCUUAUAUUUUUCUUUUCUUUUCUUUUCUUUUUUUAUCUUUCCAGCGUUUUACUUAAUGUGUUAUCUUCACUGAUCGUGAAUUUCCGAUCUGACGGUGGCGGUGUUUUCAUCCUUUUCCUCCCUUUCUACCUCCUUUCUUGGCCGGUUGGCGACUUGCAUAUCUGGAAUAUGGCGCAAGCUGAGGAAUCCACAUGCGCACCAAAACCCACCGAACAACCAGCGAACGACCACUCGACUCUUUUUUUUCUUUACUUGUUUCAACAUAAACGCGCGAUCCGAAUUGCUUCCGUGCCAGACCAGCCAUCUCAACAAUGGCAGCGUUAUCUGAGACACGAUGGGCACCGGAAGUCGAAGGUGACGGUCGAAGUUGAAUUCGAGCUCGAAAAGUCGAAGUCGAUCUGGAACAGAAUCUGGGAAUUAUCAAUCAAUUAA